CAAGUUUCUUCUAGCCGUCGGGUCUGAUCUUGUAAAUAUUUGGAAAACAAUCAUGACGAGAAGAGACGUGUUGUUCCAAAUUCUCUGGUGUUUAGGAUCUGCUACCGUUUCCGACGCAUUCAUCCCGGGAACGGUAGGACGAUUUCCGAUUGUUCCCCCGGUGGCGAGCACCGCCAUCCGUGGCAACGAUCUGGGCAGCAACACCGUCCACAAGGAGAAUUUUGACAUUGUUAGAGUGGAUUUGGACGAUGGACGAGACUAUCCCAUUUACAUUGGCACGGGGUAUUCGGAAGAACAAGCAACGGAAAUUCUGCAAUCUCAUAUCAAGGGAAACAAAGUUCUGAUUGUGACGAAUGAUCGUAUCGCUCCCAUGUAUUUGGAAAAGUACGCAAAUCUACUCAAGGCCGGCGACAAGCUGUCGGUAGAGACGUUGGUGGUGCCCGACGGAGAAGAGCACAAAAAUAUGGAAAUCAUGCAGACCAUUCUCGACAAAUGUUUGGAGACCAGUUUGGAUCGGAAAGCGACACUAGUGGCCCUGGGUGGCGGGGUAAUUGGAGACAUGGUUGGCUUUGCGGCCGCCAUUUACCAGCGGGGAGUUAACUUUGUCCAGGUACCGACCACCGUCAUGGCCAUGGUGGAUUCGUCCGUCGGGGGAAAAACGGGAGUAAAUCAUCCGGGUGGUAAAAAUAUGAUUGGAGCCUUUCAUCAGCCACAGUGCGUCUUUGUGGAUACGGAGACGUUAUCGACCUUGCCCGACCGGGAAUUGCAGAGUGGGAUUUCCGAGAUUGUCAAAUACGGAUUGAUUCGGGAUAAGGAAUUCUUUGAGUGGCAGGAGGAUCACAUGGAACGAAUGAUGGCCCGAGACCCAGAAGCUCUGCGUUUCGCCAUUACGCGAUCUUGCCAAAAUAAGGCCGCGGUGGUCAAGGCGGACGAGAAGGAAGCCGGCCUUCGCGCCACUCUCAACCUGGGGCAUACGUUUGGACACGCUAUUGAAAAUCACUCCGGGUACGGUACGUGGUUGCAUGGUGAAGCCGUUGCAAUUGGUACGGCCAUGGCAGCGACAAUGAGUGCACGAAUGGGAUGGAUCGAGCCCCAGCUAGUACAGCGAAUAUACAAACUUUUGGAACGUGCCAAACUGCCGGUCGAGCUUCCACCGGAUUCUCCAAUGGACCGCGAUUCGUUCUUGAAACUGAUGAGUGUGGAUAAAAAGGUCGAAAACGGUAACUUGAGAUUAAUCCUCCUGAAAGGAGCGCUGGGAAAUUGUGUGUUUACCGGAGAUUUCGACGAGCAAGCCCUUUUGGACACAAUUGACGAAUUUGUAGCGGAAUGCUCCGGAGUGAAAAAAUAA